CUCCUCCGCUUUAAAUGCAGCAAUCUUCAGUUCAUCAGCUCUCAGCUUUGCUCAGCCUAUUUUUAUCAAUUCCUCAAAACGCAACUUUACUAUAUUUGAAAAUACAUAUAUUUUUCUUUCUUUUAUCAUACAUUCAAAGCAGGGAGAUUUUUCUGUUUCCAAAGAGACGCAGCAACAUUCUUCUCCCAAUUCACAAAUUACAAGGUAGUUUUCUUGAUCUGUAAAAGAGGAAAAGUUUUUUUUUUAAUCUUCCUCUUUAUCAGUUUCUUUGGGUAGCAAUUGAUGGGAUCUCUAUCGGAGCCAAUUAUGGAAGAAACUUACAGCAAGCCCCCUGGAAUUAGGGUGAUGGAGAGGGCAAAGAAGUCUAACCUCUCUUUCAAGACAUAUCAAGGCAUUGUGUUAAUUGUAACAUUUUUAGCUUAUACAAGUUACCAUGCUACUAGAAAAACUACAAGCAUUGUGAAAAGUGCUUUGGACCCCCAGUCUCCUGAUGUUGGUUUAAAGUUUCCGUGGCAAAGGCGUAAUACCACUUAUGAGCAAAAUCAAAGUUCAAAACUUUCUUGGAUGCUUAAAGAUGGUUGGGUACCAUUUAACGGAGUUGAUGGUACAGCGAUGCUUGGUGAACUUGAUGUGUCUUUCCUUUUUGUAUAUGCCAUGGGAAUGUAUUUCUCCGGGCAUGUUGGUGAUAGGAUGGAUCUGAGAAUAUUUUUGACAAUUGGAAUGGUGGGUACUGGUGUAUUCACUGCCCUUUUUGGAGUUGGAUAUUGGGCAAAUGUACACAUCUUUUAUUACUAUCUAAUUGUCCAAAUGAUGGCUGGAUUGUUCCAAUCCACAGGAUGGCCCUCAGUGGUUGCAGUAGUGGGAAAUUGGUUUGGGAAAAAGAAGAGAGGACUUAUAAUGGGUAUUUGGAAUGCUCACACCUCGAUCGGUAAUAUUACGGGUUCUUUGGUUGCUUCAUUAUUGUUGAAGUAUGGAUGGGGUUGGUCAAUGGUUGUUCCUGGUACCCUUAUUGCUGUCGUUGGAGUGGUAGUAUUCCUUUUCUUGCCGGUUAACCCUGAAUCUGUGGGAGCUAAUAAAGAUGAAGAUGAAGUGUUUUCUCCUAGAAAAGUAGGCGAUGAAGUAACAGAGCCUUUCUUGAGAUCAGAUAGAGAAGAGGAAUCAGCCGUGGGUUUUAUUGAAGCAUGGAAGAUUCCAGGGGUGGCGCCGUUUGCGUUUUGCCUUUUCUUCGCAAAGUUGGUAGCAUACACAUUUUUGUAUUGGCUGCCUUUCUACAUUAGCCACACAGCUAUAGAAGGAAGGUAUUUAUCCAAUGAGGAAGCUGGAAACUUGUCGACAUUGUUUGAUGUCGGAGGGGUAGUAGGUGGAAUCCUAGCAGGUUACAUAUCUGACCGCUUAGAUGCCAGAGCUAUAACUGCUGCCAGCUUCAUGUACUGUGCUAUCCCGGUUCUCUACUUCUAUCGGAGCUAUGGACACGUCUCCAUGACCAUAAACAUCAUCCUCAUGUUGAUCACUGGAGUAUUCGUGAAUGGUCCUUAUGCAUUGAUCACAACUGCUGUUUCGGCUGACCUGGGAACACAUAGCUCUUUGAAAGGCAAUUCACGAGCGCUUGCAACUGUCACUGCUAUUAUUGAUGGAACUGGCUCAAUUGGAGCGGCCAUUGGACCACUUCUAACCGGUUACAUUUCAACUAAUAGCUGGAGUGGUGUAUUUACAAUGCUGAUGGGAUCAGCUUUUAUAGCUGGUUUGUUUCUAACCAGGCUUGUUGUAGCUGAAGUGGGUGAAAAGAUUCAACAAUUAGGUCCCCAAGGAUCAUCACCUAGAUCAAGGUCCCCUGACCUUCUAGUGUGAAAAUAAUAAUUGUGGUAUUCUUGUAUUGCUUUUUGUGAAUGCAUUUCGAAGCCUCGAUUAGAAUGUUAGCCUAGGAUCAUAGAGAUAUAUAGAGUUGGAGAUGCAUUUCUUGACAAGAAAUGGAAGGAUUUCUAGUAUCCUUGUUGUGUACAGUGUGGGAGUGAGUUUAAAAGGGGGAUCACUCCCAAUAUCAUGAAAUAGCAUUUCCACAUGUACAUUCUUGUGUGCUAGAAAAGGAUCAAAUACAUCAUUUUAGUAUAGUGGAAACCUGGGUU